UUACACGAUUUUCUAGCCGUCACUUAGCGUUUCAUUAGUGAACAACCAAAUCGUUCGCAAUGGCUUUCUUAACCUCUUUACAUCCAAAAACGUUAAACAAAAAAACCGGCACUUACUACGUGAAAAAGGACGUUCUCGGUGUCGGUAGUUUUAGCAUCGUUUUUCGUGGUUCUCAUCGCGGCCUGGAUGUGGCUGUCAAACGAAUCGAGUUGCAUCGGCUGGAUCCGGACGACCGUGAAGCCAAGUUGCAAAUGAAACUCGAACACGAAAAUGUUUUGAAAAUCUUCGCUGUAGAAAAAGAUGACGAUUACAGGUACAUUAUAUUAGAGUUGUGCGUUGGAACCCUUGACCAAGUGUAUGAGAAGGGCAAAGUGUACGAAGGACCUGCCCUGCCACCUGAUCAAACAGUCAUUUACCAAAUUGCUAUGGGAUUGGAUUACAUCCAUUCGAGAAAUCUGGUCCAUCGCGACGUCAAACCGGACAAUAUUCUCAUUUCCAAAACGGGUGAAAUGAAACUAUCUGAUUUCGGUUUGUGCAAACAAAUUUGCCCGAGGGAAACGUUCUCGAUGAGCGGAUUUAAAGGAACUGCGUCGUGGAUAGCGCCGGAGCUUUUAAAGGCAGUCGAUAAUGAAGGACAAAUUCAAAUUAAAGGUACAACAAAUAGCGACAUUUUCUCAGCGGGUUGCGUGUUUUUCGUGUUCGUCACGCGCGGGACCCAUCCAUUCGGUGACGACCAUAUCGCAGUGCAAAUUAACAUCCGCAAUAAUCAACAAGUCAACAUUGACAAAUUAGAUUCAGAUCAUUUUACGAGCUCUGUCAUACGUAAAAUGAUUGAACCUGAACCAUCACGCAGAAUGCCUCUCACGCAAGUGAAAGAAUUGUUCAAAGCGAUCCCGCGGAGGCUUCGCGGGCUUGGCUCUUUAGGCUCGUUCAAUGAAGUUGAAAAUCGUAACACUACGAGCAACAAAGAAGGUAUUCCACAUACUCCGCCCGCGAGACGGCGCACGAAAUCGAUUCAAAGUGAAAGACGCAAACAAUUGCACCAUAAAUUUCACGGAAUCCAUUUAAGCAGUUCACCUACCACCGAUGCUGGGCAAUUUUUCCCGAUGGCCAAAGGAGCCACGUUGGGAGUCCCGCUGGAAAAUUGCCCGCGGUCCACCAAACACGAAAACAUUCCAAAGAUAGUCGAAGUGUGUAUCAGCAUCAUCGAAGAGCACGGAAUGGACAGUGUUGGUGUGUAUCGCGUUCCAGGUAACGUGUUGGUCGUCAACGAUAUCUCCGAUUCCCUCAACAAAGGAGAUUUCGAUCAGUUACAUCCGCGCGGGAAUGAAGUCAACAUCAUCUCGUCCGUCAUCAAAUCAUUCUUCCGCAAAUUACCCGAUCCAUUAGUGACGUCAGAGUUUUACAGUUCUUUAAUCGAAGCUAGCAAAAUGGAACCGGAAGAAUUCCGAUUGACGGCCAUCAAACAACUGGUGGAAGAAUUACCCGAUCCUCAUUACUCGACGUUGCGUUACCUCAUCGUUCACCUGUCUCGCGUGGCUCGUAUGAGUAGUGUCAAUAAAAUGGAUGCUCGGAAUUUGGCUACAGUUUUUGGACCGACGUUAGUCAGGCCAGGUGAUGACAGUAUGGCAACCAUGAUGGCCGACAUGCCUUACCAAUGUCGCAUUGUUGAAAUGCUGAUCGACAAAGUGGACUUCUUUUUCCCACCGUCAUCCAAUGACGCUGUUUAGCACUUCCCUGCCUAUUUGAAUAAAACCUUCUCAAUCAAUUGCUACCUCAAAUUUUAAAUACACUCAAAUCGAAUAUCCAUGUUCGUGCGAUCGUCCACAGCACCUAAUCCCAUUUACAAUUGUACAGCCCAUUACGCUCAAUAAACUGUUGAAUUAUG